CGUCUGUUGAUUAGUGAUCGCAGGGCGCGAAUGAGACCCUCCUGGAGCUGCUCUACAGCCCACAUGUCCGAGAUGCCAGAGCGGUCUGAAGAACACAGCGGAUACCAGGAAACCAGCACCACAGCCAUGAAGAGAGCCAUUUCGUCAGGCUCUAGCCCCAAGGAGCCUAACUUCUCACUGAACUCAAACAUGGCGUCCAGCAGGGAGCCCAUGCCCAAAGCCCUCAGGGUAGAGAGUGGCUCGGCCCCAUCACCGCUGACAUAUCAUGUGCUGCAGCGCUCCUUUACACCACUAGGAGGCGACACCGCGUCAUAAAUCCCCACGCACGGUGGCUCCACGCACCGACGCCCCAGAGCUGCCACAGUGACGGAGAGAGGCAACCAGCGGAGAAACCAAAGAAAGAGAGAGAGAGGGAGGGAGAGAGAGAGAGAGAGAGAGAGAGAGAGAGAGAGAGAAAGGGGGGCAGACUGCAGCGUGCGUGCGCUUGUCAUCCACUGUUUACUUUGAAACUUCUGGAGGGAGGAGAAGAAGAAGGACUCUGAUGAACGUACACACAUCUUUUCUCCUCCUGGGCUUGAGCCGCUCAUCAGACCAUUCAAGUUCUUGAUCCAUCUGUCGGCCUCAUCAACACGAGAGCUGAAAAGUGAUCUGAUGACUGUUCUAAAGCGGAGUCCGACCUUCCCUCUCUAAAACCUGAGGUCCCGUCAUCGUUCAUCAGUUCCCUACAUCCUGAGGGUCUUCAAGAGGCCACGGAUUUCAGCAUUUCAACCAGGAUUUCCAGGUGUUUUGAAAGCGGUUGCAUUCACACAGCGGCCUGCUGCGGACCCCUUGGUGCUCUGUCGCCAUGGCUACCAACAGGGAACAGCAGGUGGGUCACAUGACCGGCUUCCCACCUGCUGUCUACCCCUUUGCCUUCAACUCCAUGAGAAGCCACUCCCCCUUUGACCUGCUGGCCAACACCAGCCUGUUUGGGAGAUUUGGUGCUGACCUGCCCAAAGAGAUGGCCGCUCUCUCGGUGGAGACCCAGAGCACCAGCUCUGAAGAGAUGGUACCCAGUUCUCCGUCUCCACCUCCCCCACCUCGCAUCUACAAGCCCUGCUUUGUGUGCCAGGACAAGUCCUCGGGGUACCACUACGGGGUCAGCUCCUGUGAGGGCUGCAAGGGUUUCUUCCGGCGCAGUAUCCAGAAGAACAUGGUGUACACCUGCCACAGAGACAAGAACUGUCAGAUUAACAAGGUCACACGCAACCGCUGCCAGUACUGCAGACUGCAGAAAUGCUUUGAGGUCGGCAUGUCCAAGGAAGCGGUCCGCAAUGACCGAAACAAGAAGAAGAAGGACGUGAAGGAGGAGGUGGUGCUUCCUGAGAGCUAUGAGCUAAGUGGAGAGUUGGAGGAGUUGGUCAAUAAAGUCAGCAAAGCUCACCAAGAAACCUUCCCGUCACUGGGCCAGUUGGGCAAGUACACCACCAACUCCAGCUCAGACCACCGUGUCCAGCUGGAUCUGGGUCUAUGGGACAAGUUCAGUGAGCUCUCCACCAAAUGCAUCAUCAAGAUUGUGGAAUUUGCCAAGCGGCUGCCGGGAUUCACCACCCUCACCAUCGCGGACCAGAUCACUCUACUGAAGUCGGCCUGUCUGGACAUACUGAUGCUGAGGAUCUGUACACGCUACACCCCAGAACAGGACACUAUGACCUUCUCAGACGGUCUGACUCUGAACCGCACACAGAUGCACAACGCCGGCUUCGGACCACUCACAGACCUGGUGUUCGCCUUUGCUGGCCAGCUUCUACCCCUGGAGAUGGACGACACGGAAACUGGCCUCCUCAGCGCCAUCUGCCUCAUCUGCGGAGAUCGUAUGGAUCUCGAAGAGCCCCAGAAAGUGGAUAAGCUGCAAGAGCCUCUACUUGAGGCUCUGAAGAUCUAUGCUCGCCGCCGACGCCCGAACAAGCCCCACAUGUUCCCCCGCAUGCUGAUGAAGAUCACUGACCUCAGGGGCAUCAGCACCAAGGGUGCGGAGAGAGCCAUCACUCUGAAAAUGGAGAUCCCCGGGCCAAUGCCUCCGUUGAUCAGGGAGAUGCUCGAGAACCCAGAAGCUUUUGAAGACCAAACAGAGAGCAACGACAGCCCGCCGCCUCCGCCGCCGCCCCCGCCACCUCCACCGCCAGCUCUGGUCUUGAAGCAGGAGGCCGAGGACGAGGACGAUAGCUGGGCCACAGAGAACGGCAGCGAGCCAUCGCCGGAGGAGGAGGACGAGGAUGACGAUGACGACGUGGGAGAUGAAGAGCGAGACAGGGGCUCGGACAGUGACGGGGAGUCCUGGGGGGUUCUGGAUGGCAUUGAUGGGUCGAGGAAAGGCCUUUUCGGGAGGGCGCAGUGAACAGAGCAUUUCAUACACACACACACACACACACACACACACACACACACACACACACACACACACACACACACACA